CGCUUAAAACAUGACCAUCUGCGCUCUGUUUUUAUGUUUGUCCUUUGUUUUAUAAUCCUAAUGACAUAGUCCUUCAUUUAUUGCUGAAUCUCCUUAGUGUUUGCUAUCGUGUUUUGUUUUAAAAGUGGAUUCUUACUAUGCGUUCAAAUGGAUGUGAUCGCAAAAGACGAGGAGCAAACGUUUCAUGUCCGUUCCAGGAUGGAGGCCUCAUGUCUAGAGCUGGCCCUGGAAGGUGAGCGCUUGUGCAAAGUAGGCGAUUACCGUGCUGGUGUGUCGUUUUUCGAAUCGGCCAUCCAGGUGGGCACUGAAGACCUGCAGAUCUUGAGCGCCAUCUACAGUCAACUAGGCAACGCCUACUUUCACCUGCAUGACUAUAACAAAGCGCUUGAAUAUCAUCGGCAUGACCUCACCCUGACCAGAACCAUUGGAGAUCAGCUGGGAGAGGCUAAAGCUAGCGGUAACCUCGGAAAUACUUUAAAGGUUCUGGGUCGCUAUGAUGAGGCAGCGGUUUGUUGCCAAAGACACCUGGACAUUUCCAGAAUGCUUCAUGAUAAGGUGGGGCAGGCUCGGGCUCUGUAUAAUUAUGGGAACGUGUACCACGCCAAAGGGAAGAACAUAUGCUGGAGUGGUAUGGACCCUGGAGAUUUUCCGGAGGAGGCACACGUUGCUCUGAAGAAAGCCACGGAGUAUUACGAAGCGAAUCUGGCCCUCGUUAAGGAGUUAUGUGAUAGAGCGGCGCAGGGCAGGACCUAUGGUAACCUUGGCAACUCGCAUUAUUUGCUGGGAAACUUCCAGGAAGCUGUUCUUGCACAUGAGCAGCGUCUCCUCAUUGCGAAGGAGUUUGGAGACAGGGCGGCGGAGAGGAGAGCGUACUGCAACCUUGGAAAUGCAUACAUAUUCCUCGGGCAGUUUGAGGUCGCAGCUGAACAUUACAAACGGACUCUUCAGUUGGCCCGGCAGCUGAAGGAUCGCGCUGUAGAAGCUCAGGCCUGUUACAGUCUGGGAAACACUUACACUUUACUGCAGGACUAUGAGAGAGCUAUAGACUAUCACCUCAAACAUCUCACCAUAGCUCAGGAUUUAAAGGACAGGAUUGGUGAAGGAAGAGCCUGCUGGAGUUUAGGGAACGCCUACACGGCACUGGGGAACCACGAACAGGCCAUGAUCUUUGCCCAUAAACAUCUGGAGAUCUCAAAAGAGAUUGGAGACCGCAGUGGAGAGCUGACGGCGAGAAUGAACGUAUCGGAUCUCCAGCUGGUUUUGGGUCUUAAACAAAGUUCGAGCCCAAACAGCUCUUUCAUUGAGACUCUUCCUUCUGACGGCAGUCCACCCGGUGGAAGAUCCAGAGGUGGCAGAAGACUCAGCAUGGAGAACAUGGAGCUCAUGAAACUCAGCGCUGACAAAAAUACGGGACAGUCCUGUGAGGAGAAUACAGCCCCCCAGCAAACCAAAACGCCGACUAAAUCCAUAGCCAAGACGUCAUCCAAACUUUUCUUCAUCAACCGCUUCAGCAGGAAGAAACACAAGAUGAAUGGAUCGAGCUCCGGUACGCCAGCGGAAAAAUACAGUGGUGAGACACCAUCAGCUCCUAUGGACGCACAGCAUGCACCAGACACUCUGGGCGACGACGGCUUUUUUGACCUUCUAAGCCGCUUCCAAGGCCACCGCAUGGAUGACCAAAGGUGCUCUUUAGCGGAUGCCAUAAGCCGCGUUGCCGUCCCCUCCUCCCCCUGUGAAACCCCACCCAUAGCAAUGAGGAAAACUAUUUCCGAGUCCGCAGCGGACGCGUCGGCACAGCCCGGGCAUUUUCUAGACCUGCUGGUGAGCUCGCGAAGUCGCCGGCUAGACGAGCAGCGAGCCAGUGUGGGCGGUCUGCCGGGUCUGCGGCUGGACCAGCGCCACAGUCAGGAUGUUCUGAGCAAACUCAUGGCCUCUGCAGAUAGCGCAGAACCAGAUGAAGACUUCUUCGAUAUGCUAAUUAAGUGCCAGGGAUCCAGACUAGAUGAUCAGAGAUGUGCUCCUCCACCUCCUCCAACCAGAGGCCCCACAGUCCCAGACGAAGACUUCUUCAGUCUCAUCCUCCGCUCCCAGGAAAAAAGAAUAGAUGAGCAGCGAGUCAUCUUACCAUCGCACCAAUCCUGAGACAGAGUCUCUGUCAGACAAACAGUUUUUAGGACCUUGUGGCCUCGUUGAAGUUCCCUUCAUGCUUGUGAUUCUUGGGUUAAUGCCUUGUUUCAACACAUAAGACACUAAAAUAUUUAUGUUUUCCGUCCUGCUCAACGUGAAGAAUUUUUAAAAGAAGGAAAUGAAGUUCAGCGUGUCAUUUGUAACCAUGGAUUUAUUAUGGCAAUUUCUACUACCGUGCUCUGAACUGGAUUUAUUCUAAAACUGGAUUUAGACCAAAACUACAGGAUCUUCCUCAGGGAUGCAAAACAAUGCACUGAGCGCAGUUCGUUCACCUGGUUAACUGGAUGGAAUUUGGAGACCGCUGAUACCGGACAGCAGACUUAAAUGUUAAUUCAUUGUAUAUGUUUUUAACACUAAACUUGGUAUCAUUCCUUAAAAAUGUUUUGCUUUCCCUGAUUUUAAAUGUAUUUUAUUAUCUUUUAAUGCCAGCUAACCAAUGUUCUGCAUUGUAAAUGUUUUGGAAACCAAUGACAGAAGUCAAUACAUAAACGUUGUUCUGGAAAAAUAUGAUUCGAAAUUAUUGCAU